GCCAGGCACCCAAUGCCUCAUCUGCUUGGAGCCUGUGGAGGACAGAAAGACCUUCAACACCCUGGUGUGCCCAGCCUGCAAAACCGCCUGGUUCCACAGGGACUGCAUCCAAGGACAGGCUCUGCAUGCUGGUCGUUUCUCCUUCCAGUGCCCCCUCUGCAGAAAUGAUGAGGCAUUUAUAAGAGAUAUGUUCACCAUGGGGAUCCAAAUCCCCUUGAGACCACCAUCAUGGGAGGGCUUUAAUGCAUUCGAUGAGAUGGGAGACAGACACAGGCACUGUGAUGCCAGUGAGUGCCUUUUUCCAGGAGGCAGGCAGGAGGCAGAGGAGGAGGGGCCCUGGGAACUGCUCCUGUGCUUCUCCUGUGUUGCCAAGGGCACCCACAGACACUGCUGUGGCCUGAGGAACAGCAUAACCAGCUGGGAAUGUGAUGGCUGUGCUGGUCUGGGCACAGGCCUGGAGUGAUUUUGGGGUCCCAAGCCAGGAAUUGCGGAUCCCAUUCCCGGCGGGACGCUCCCACCAGAAUACUGGGAUGCUCCCACAGAAACACCGGGAUCCAGUGGGUCGGGAAGGAGGGAUUUUCCCGGGAUUCCUCCCUACUCGUGGUGGGCGAUGAGCAGCAUCAUGGCCAUGCCUGCCAGCAGCUGCAGCAGCGCCGGC